AUGAUGAGAUCAUCCGACAGGCUGAAUGGCAACAAUGGAGAGAAUCGCAGGACCUUCUACUUCCAUGUGGAAACGCGGCAAACCACCUGGGAAGAUCCCUCGGAGCUCAUCAUGGGGCAGUUAGCCUUGGAGGUUGAAAUGCUGAACUUGGCCUUUGAUCUUCCAAGGACCCCCUCUGAGCCUGAAGGAUCACAGCCGAUAGCAGAAGUGGUUGAGGUGUCUGAGGAAACCUGCGAACAGUCUCAUCCUUCGACGGCCUCGGCCGCCUCGGCCCAAAGCUGGCUGCCAUCUCAAUUGCCAUCGCCUAGAAGGACCAGGCUCUCCGCAGCAUCUCUGGGGGCCAUGGAACAUCUGCAAGAGGCAUUGGUGAUUGCUGAGCCUGCAAUUGCCAACAUGGACCAGGAGGUAUGUGGCUAA